AUGCAUAUUAUGUACAAGCUUAUGUUCAAGAUUUUAAUUUGUAGCCUGAUACCUAGGGAAGAUAGUACAAAUCAAAUACCUUGGGAUCACAAGGAAAAUAAUGUUUCAGAUGUUCUGGGAGAAACUCAUGGAAACAUAUUGUCUGGAGCUAUUCAAGGCAACAUUAGCAUCAUUAGCAAGAAGAAUGUCAAGAAGUCUUCAUCCCCUCUCCGAGUCAGUUAUGCAUGUUAUGCAUUUCUUUAUAAAUUUAUAUUCAUAAUUCAGAAGGUUAAUCAAGGAGUAACUAUGGAGCAUAUUAAAGAGUACAUAAAGGAAACUGAUAUGUCUCUAAAGAAGUUUUUAGAUAAAGCUAAAGUUGUGUGUCAUUCAUCUAGAAAGAGAAAGCUUACUACUUCUGAAGAUCUCAAGAAGAGUUAG